AUGUUAUCGCGAGCAGAUUAUCAAGUUUAUGGUACAGCAGUAUUUGCUGCCAUUGGUGGUUUUCUAUUUGGUUAUGAUCUCGGUGUGAUUUCCGGUGUGAUCACCAUGUCGAACUUUAUUGCUGUUUUCGGCGAUCAAGCAAAUGAAUUACAUAAGUACGACAUCUCGUGUACGGUUUGCUACGAUAAUUGGCGAUAUAUAUUGGUACUUGAUGAGAAUAAAUCUACCGGCCCAUUUACAAUGGAUUUGAUUGAACCGCAUGUGGCAUUGACACAAGAUCGAAUUGAUUUCGACGUGAGUAAUCUAUCGUUGGAAAAAGACUACACCCACGAAUUGGGUAUGCGCAUUGAUAUUACUCAAAAGCCGUAUUCGAUUGAAUUGGAGGCUAUUGUUGAGAAUAUAAAAAACAAGCGUUUUCUCACUCUUCGACCCAUCGAUAAUAAUCUCAAUAGAAGAAUUGCAAAAAUGAAAGAUAGAGGCUGGACACAAAUGGAAGGCGGUUUAUCGGUUAUCCCAGAACCGCACAAGGAGUAUCAUGCGAUUCUCGUUCCAUUACCUCGAUCAUCUGAUUUACACGCUGCGAUUUGUCAGAAAAUGAGAAAUAUACCAGGUGUACAAGUUAAAUCUAUCGAAGAAAUACGGAAUCCAUUUUUGGAAGAAAUCUACGAAGGCAUGAAGAAAAUAAUCAAACGACAAUGUCCUAAAACGACUUCGUGCGAGCAUCCUGGAUUAUUUCAUGGAACCCAAGGAGAUGGUAUCGACGGAAUCACUGACGACGGGUACGACGACCGAUUUUUCAAUACCGGCGGACAUGGUGCGUAUUUUGCUGACGAUCCGCUCAAAUCACAUAAUUAUACUGAUAAAACUAGCAAGACACGUGUUAUGUAUUAUAACAAAGUCUUACUGGGUGAAUCGAUGGUACUAAAUGAACCGGACAAAAACUUAGUUUGUGCGCCAAAGAAUUACCAUUCGAUUAUCGGAAAACACAAUCAGAUGACCGAAUAUAUCAUUUAUCGGUAUGGGCAAGCUUUACCAUGUUUGAAAAUCGUCUAUACCGUUUAG